AUGGAUAUCAACGUAUCCAGGGGCGAUCAGCAAGAGAUCAUGGCAGUGUGGAAUGCGAUGAUGGGCGAGCAGACGCAGAAGCUCGAAGGGCACGACGGUGCGGUCUCCGCAGUGGCCUUCUCGCCGGACGGGCAGGUCAUUGUGUCGGCAUCCUUUAACAAGACAGUGCGGCUCUGGAAUGCGACGAUGGGCGAAAUGAUCCAGCUCAUCCCUAAUGCCGGUCGGUCUUCUCGAAUUACGUUCGCUGCGGAUGGAAAGGCUGUACAGACUGAUACUGGAAUCUUCCUCCUCGAACAGGCCGUUUCGGGCUUGCCUGGCGAUUUUUCCACGUGGACGACAUCCUUAGAGCUAAGAGACCAGUGGAUUUGCAAUCGAGAUAAAGACCUCCUCUGGCUACCCUAUGAAUACCGAGGAUACUGCUCAGCAAUACAUAAGACAACACUUGCAAUCGGACAGCCUUCUAGUGCAGUAAGCAUUUUUAGGUUAAGAUAA